AAUCGUUUAGCUUUGUAUCUCUGGCGCUGGGAGCUACUGAUGCGCUCACCACUGUUUAUUUAUCCGCGGCGGAACAAUACCGGGAGACAAAAUGAAUAUGUAGAGCAUCCUUAUCAAGUGUCUGCUUCCGAAGCCUUCCUGCCAGCGGACCUUUACGUGCUUGAACGGCUGACAGCGGAGCCGGGCCCAUCAUUUAAACAACCUGCUAAUAACAGAGCUAGCUCACGGGUCGUAUUAUUGACGUUGUCAGUCGUUUUUACCCAUCGAGACGGGUACAUGAUUGAAUGACAGUAGCUCGUCUAUAUCCUAACGGUGUGAUGUACAUAUGCGUGGCUGGUGUUGUACAUUAGCUCAAUAACCACCCAGGAGAAUGAAUGCAGAGGAAGUGGAGCUGCUCAGUGACUCCAAGUACAGGAACUAUGUGGCAGCUGUGGACAAAGCCCUCAAGAACUUUGAGUACUCCAGUGAAUGGGCAGACCUCAUCUCUGCACUGGGCAAACUCAAUAAAGUUUUGCAGAACAAUGCAAAGUACCAAGUGGUCCCUAAGAAGCUGACAAUAGGCAAACGGCUGGCCCAAUGCCUCCACCCUGCCCUGCCCAGCGGUGUCCACCGCAAGGCCUUGGAGACCUAUGAGAUUAUCUUCAAGAUCAUUGGACCCAAGAGGCUGGCCAAGGACCUCUUUCUUUAUAGCUCUGGGCUCUUCCCUUUACUCUCCAAUGCCGCUAUGUCUGUGAAGCCUGUGCUGCUGGGGCUCUAUGAGACCUACUAUUUGCCCCUGGGAAAGACUCUGAAACCGGGCCUACAGGGACUGCUGACUGGAGUCCUGCCUGGUCUGGAGGAGGGUUCUGAGUACUACGACAGAACCAACACCUUGUUGGAGAAGGUAGCUUCAGCCGUGGAGCAGUCGGCCUUCUACAGUGCCUUGUGGGGCAGCAUCCUGACCAGCCCCGCUGUGCGUCUUCCUGGGGUGUCUUUUGUUUUGCUGCACCUCAACCGCAAGCUCUCCAUGGAAGACCAACUCUACGUCAUGGGCAGCGACAUCGAGCUCAUGGUGGAGGCGGUCAGUACUUCAGUCCAGGACUCCAGUGUUUUGGUGCAGAGGAGCACCCUGGACCUGAUCCUCUUCUGCUUCCCCUUCCAUAUGAGCCAGGCCACUCGCCCUGACAUGAUCCGGAUCCUGUCAGCAGCUUUGCAUGUGGUUUUAAGAAGAGACAUGUCCCUCAACCGCAGACUCUACGCCUGGCUGCUGGGCUUUGACAACAAUGGGGUGAUGAUAGGCCCCCGCAGCACUCGACAGAGCAACCCAGAGGAGCACGCAAGCCACUACUUCAACACUUUCUCUAAGGACAUGCUGGUCCAGGCAAUGGUGGGGAUCUUGCAGGGCAAAGCCCGAGGCGGAGAAGAGGAGAGCAUUCUCAUGCAUGACCUUAAGCCAUUUCGCAUCUUAAUCAGUCUGCUGGACAAACCAGAACUUGGGCCAGCCAUCCUGGAAGAUGUUCUGAUUGAGGUGUUUCGGACUCUUCACACACAGUGCCGAACAGAGCUGGACCUCCAAAACCAGAGUCCAUUCAGCAAAGAUCACACACACCUCAGCAGUAAACUACGAGAGAACAAGAAGACGGCAGAACUGAUUAAAACAGCCAAUCUCCUGUUCAACUCUUUUGAACCAUACUAUAUGUGGGACUACAUCGCUCGCUGGUUUGAGGAGUGCUGCAGGAGAACAGUAACCAGCAGCACACGUGCAACACGACAUGCUGGAAGCUUAGAUCCUCCAGAGCUCUCUUUGGUGGAGUUCUGUCAGCUGGUUGAUUUUCUACUGGAUAUAGUUUCCUUGGAGACGUACAUAGAAAUCCAGACAGAGCAUCUCCCUCAGCUGCUGUUGCGGAUGGUGGCGGCUCUGACCUGUCACUUGCAGGCUCUCGGCCUCGGGGAGCUCACCCACUGCCUUCGACUGUGCUCCAAGAUCCUCAGUAAAGUGCAACCUCCCCUGGUGUCCCCACUUGCCCUGCCCUCAGGCCCCCAGGCUCAGGGCCUCUCCAACUCCACUGGCAACUCCUCCAAUUCAGUAAAGGACAAAAGUAGAGACACAGAGGACAAACGGACUCUGUCUUCCACUCUGGAGCUACCUGGCAGUGGGGAGGUGUUUGAAGAUGGGGAAAAUCCACCCAGCAGUCGCUCUUCCGAAAGUGGCUUUACAGAUUUUGUCCAGUACCAAGGAGACGGCCCUGAAGAGACAGAGCGAACCCCUCAUCCCCACCCUACACUGAAAACAGGCCGUCGUUCCUCAGGCCCAUGUCAGGCUAAGCCUCUAGACAAACCAGUCAUGCAGUGCUGCCUGGAACACUUCCAGCAGUUUCUCUCCCGCCUCAUCACCUUGUACAUUAUUCCUGGGCAGGUAGACAAAGCUGACGGUCAAAGAGGUGAGAUCAUGCACUUAGGGCUCCCGGUUUCAGAGGGCUCCCAGCACAGUGAUCAUGUGGAGUCGUGUACAGGAUCUGUUAUGCUUCAGAGAGAGUGUGUCGCUGCCUUCACUGCUGCCUGCCAGCUCUUCCUAGAAUGCUCCAGUUUCCCUGUCUACAUCGCAGAAGGCAACCUCAAGUCCUCACCCACACAGGAAGAGCAGUUUGACAAUGAGCAGGUCCGGCUGCCAGUGUGGCUGCAGACACUGAUGGAUGCUUGCUGCCUUGCCAAUGACUUCAGCCUGCAGGGCGUUGCCAUCUCCUUGCUCAUGGACCUUGUGGGACUUACCCAGUCAGUUGCCAUGGUGACUGCUGAGAGUGUGGCAUCUGGUGGUGGCUCUGAGUCCACUCAGCCCAUGAGCCCCAGCCAGGGUCGAGUGGCUGUGGUCAUCAGGCCACCACUCACUCAGGGAAUCCUUAAGUACAUUGCUGACAAGACAGACUUCUUCAAGAGUGUGGCUCUGAUAUUGUGGGACCAACUGAAUGAAGGAACACCUCAGCACCAUCAGCGCAGCGUGGAGCUCUUCUACCAGCUCCACAACCUGGUUCCUUCUUCCAGCAUCUGUGAGGACGUAAUCAGCCAGCAACUCAUGCACAGAGACAAGAGAAUUCGACUGGAAGCCCACGUCAAGUUCUCUGUGUUGUGGCAUUUAACGCGAGAUUUGAACAUCACCAAGUCUUCUCCUUUCAGUCGCACAUUUGACAGAUCUCUUUUCAUCAUGCUAGACAGCCUGAGUUAUUGGGAUCCAUGUACCAGUGCUGUUGGUCGAGCUUGGUUAAAUCAAGUCCUUCAGAGACAUGACAUAGCCCGGGUCCUCGAACCUCUCCUCCUCCUUCUGCUCCACCCCAAGACCCAUCGAGUCUCUAUUCAGAGGGUACAGGCGCAGCGCCAUUGGGCCCAGGUCUUUCCUGAACCACCUGAACAAGAGCAAUCAGAGCCCAUCUACACCAGAGACUCUGGCUUCUCAGACAACUUCAGUCAGAUCCAAGGUGAACGGGUUGGACAGGAGGAUCUCCGAGGCCUGGUAAUAGGUGACAUGGAGCCGUUCUGCCUCACUGUCAACCCCCUGAGUGAUAGUCUGUCUAUACUGAGCCUGAGCAGUGAAAACUUGCAGCUAGCUGGUGAAUAUCAGCCUGCUGACCAACAGGUGGAGGCCCAAAGCUCAGGAUCCAGUGGUUCUCAUUCAUCUACAGUGGAAAAUGGCAGCUUUGAGGAACCAGAGGGGGUCAACAGUACAGCAAAUGGCUCAGACCAACAACCUGGUUCCUCAGAUGACAUGUCUGAGGACUCUAUAGAGGAAGUUGUGUCCUGUGUGAUAAAAGAGCUCAUUGACAGAGUUCUGAAUUUGGUAGAUGAGGGCUCUCUUGAAAUCCCACCUCCACCUGAAAACUGGCCCCAAACAGACUCUGACAGCACUUCCUCAGAUACCUCCACUGGUCCCCGUCUGGACUGUUGUCCUCCUCAUGGCCCCAAUCGCCAAACUUUGCCAGAGAUGUUAGCUGGAGGCACACUGGAGUUUCUCUCUGUCACAACAGCUGAUUUCUCAGCAGAGGAGCAGCACAAAGAGGGCAUCACUCGCCACAGUUCAUCACCUUCCAUCGUCACAUUGCCAGACAGCUCCGAUCCAGCCACCCCAGACCACAACCUGCAAGUAGACGAUCCUCAAGCCCGCAAACGUAGCCAUAGCAGCACCCAGCUCAGCCUUAAAGGGAAGAUCAUGGAGAGGCUGGCAGACAAAUCUCCAGGGGCAAAGCCUAAGAUUAAGAAGACAAAGAGGAAAGACGAGGAGCGACAGAAAAAGGCAGCAAAUCAAGCUGACAAACUGCGUCCACCCAGUAUCUUUUUUGGUGACAGUCUGGAUCUAGAGAACUGGUACAGCUGUGGGGAAGGAGAGGUAUCAGAGAUUGAGAGUGACACUGGCUCACCCAGCGGCUCUGGGGGAACUGUCGGGGGUGUCAGUGUCACAGGACGCAGAUCAUCCACUGCCCCACCUCGUUUUAACAUCCAUCCUCUUUACCAGCAUGUCCUGCUCUACCUUCAGCUGUAUGACUCCUCCCGGACCCUCCACUCCCUGUCAGCCAUCGCAGCCAUGCUAAGAGCUGCUCCCUCAGGGUUUGUAAGUGCUAUCUCCACUACCAGCAUCAACAACACCUACACUCCACAGCUCUCUUUGCUCCAAAACCUUCUAGCUCGUCACAGGGUCUCUGUCAUGGGCAAAGACUUUUACUGCCCCAUCCCCCAGGACUCCCACUCCCAUUCAUUUCGCAGUGCCAUGUACCUAGAGAUCAUCAUCUCGCUCUGUCUCUACUUCCUGCGAAGCUAUUACUCUGCCCACGUGUCAGCAGGCCCUCAGGACUUGGCAGGUAACCGGGCCAUGCAGCUGACCAGUGUGGAGGUCUUAACUCUCCUUUUCAGUGAGCUCGCCAAAGUCACAGGUGGCUCAGCGAAGGGCUUUGCUAGUUUCAUCAGCGAUGUCCUCUCUAAGUGCAAAGUACAGAAGGUGGUUCUCCAUUGCCUCCUCUCUUCCAUAUUCAGUGCCCAGAAAUGGCACGAGCAGCGGGUGGCAGGGGUCAACGUGAACACGGUGGAGGAAGGUCUCUCAGAGGACAGCGUAAUCAACCUCUCAGAGGACCAGAUAGACAGCUGUAGUGCCGUCCAGUCCCAGUUGCUCAGACUGUUGCAGAGUCUAGUUGUUCUUGAGCACAGAGUCCUGGUGCCAGCUGAUGAAGGAGGGGAAGGAGGACCUGUCGGAGGAGGGACAGGAGGCGGAGGGACAGGAGGCAGUGCUGGAGCAGGUUUUGAGAUCCUUGGUGGGGAAGUGGAGCAUGUCAACCCUCAACAGCCAAUGACAUCACUCCAGUACCUCCACGGACAACCGAUCACAGCACAGGGUAUGUUCCUGUGUGCAGUGAUCAGGGCCCUGCAUCAGCACCAUGCAUGUAAGAUGCAUCCCCAGUGGAUAGGACUCAUCACAGCCACUCUUCCUUACAUGGGGAGAGUGCUAAGGAGGGUGGUGGCCUCAGUCACUCUGCAGCUGUGCAGGAACCUGGAUAACCUUCUCCAGCAGUACCGCUACGAGACUGGCCUAUCUGACACCAGACCCCAGUGGAUGGCUCUCUGCAUCCCUCCUGACCUGAUUCUAACUGUGCUGGAGGGGGUGACAGCCAUCAUCCAUUACUGCCUGCUCGAUCCCACUUCCCAGUAUCACCAGUUACAAGUGAGUGUUGACCAGAAGCACCUGGCCGAGGCUCGUUCAGGCAUCUUGUCCAUUCUCCACACCAUCAUGUCUUCUGUCACCCUGCUGUGGAGCGUCCUCCACCAGGCUGACAACUCCGACAAGCCCGCCGCUGCCUCUGCUGCCUCCACUUCCAACAUCAAUCUUGGCUCCACAAAGAACCUCCGUCAGCAGAUCCUGGAGCUGCUUGGUCCAAUCUCCAUGAACCAUGGUGCUCAUUUCAUGGCAGCAAUAGCCUACGUUUGGAAUGAGAGGAAACAGGUCAAGACUCCAGUCCGAAAUAAGGUGAUUCCUGUAGCCAGUGAAGAGCAGCUGCUGCUGGUGGAGCUGGUUCGUUCAGUGAGUGCCAUGCGCACUGAGACUGUUAUGCAGACAGUUAAAGAGGUCCUGAAACAGCCGCCUGCCAUUGCGAGAGACAAGAAGCACCUCUCGUUGGAGGUCUGCAUGCUGCAGUUCUUCUAUGCCUAUGUCCAGAGGAUUCCUGUUUCCAGUUUAGUUGAUAGCUGGCCAUCUCUGCUGGCACUGCUGAAGGACUCUGUACAGUUAGGCCUGCCUGCCCCUGGACAGUUUCUCAUUCUGGGGGUUCUGAAUGAAUUCAUUUUGAAGAACCCUAAUUUGGAGAGUAAGAAGGACCAGCGAGAGCUGCAGGACGUGACACAUAAAGUGGUGGAGGCCAUUGGGACGAUAGCAGGCUCCUCUUUGGAGCAAACCACGUGGUUGAGGAGAAACCUGGAAGUGAAGGCUUCUCCUCAGAUAGUUGUGGAUGGAACCAACCUGGAAGCUGAUGUCGAAGAUUUAAUGCUCACAGUGAUGGAGGCCUCCAGCUUCACUCCAUCAGUGUACAGCGUUCACGCCCUCACGCUGUUGGCCGAGGUGCUGGCUCAUCUGUUGGACAUGGUGUUCUACAGUGACGAGAAGGAGAAGGUCAUCCCACUGCUGGUUAAUAUCAUGCACUAUGUAGUGCCCUACCUCCGCAACCACAGUGCUCAUAACGCCCCCAGCUACCGGGCCUGCAUCCAACUGCUAAGCAGUCUAAGUGGAUACCAGUACACCCGUCGGGCCUGGAAGAAGGAGGCCUUCGACCUCUUCAUGGACCACACCUUCUUCCAGAUGGACUCCUCCUGCGUCAGCCACUGGAGAGCGAUCAUUGACCACUUGAUGACUCAUGACAAGACCACAUUCAGAGACCUCAUGACGCGGGUGGCUGUAGCCCAGAGCAGCUCUCUGAGUUUGUUCACCAACAGAGACGCUGAGCUGGAGCAGAGGGCCAUGCUGCUCAAACGCCUGGCUUUUACCAUCUACAGCAGCGAGGUCGACCAGUACCAGAAAUACCUGCCAGACAUACAAGAGCGUCUGGUGGAGAGCCUGCGCCUGCCUCAGGUGCCCAUCCUUCAUGCUCAGGUGUUCCUGUUCUUCAGAGUGCUGCUGCUGCGCAUGUCACCUCAACACCUCACCUCUCUGUGGCCCACCAUGAUCACUGAGCUGGUUCAGGUGUUCUUACUGAUGGAGCAGGAGCUAACAGCAGACGAAGACAUAUCAAGAACGUCGGGGCCGUCUGUGGCUGGGUUGGAGACCACUUACUCUGGAGGAAACGGCUUCUCCACCUCAUACAACAGCCAGCGCUGGCUCAACCUCUAUCUCUCUGCCUGCAAGCUCCUGGAUCUGGCCUUGGCCCUGCCUCCCGAGAGCCUGCCUCAGUUCCAAAUGUACCGCUGGGCCUUCAUACCAGAGGCUUCAGACGAUUCAGGGUUGGAAGUGAGACGUCAGGGAACUCAUCAGAGAGAGUUUAAGCCGUACGUGGUCCGACUGGUCAAGCUGCUGAGGAAACGAGCCAAGAAAAACCCAGAGGAGGACUGUUCCACCCGAACCCUGUCCUGGGAGCCAGGUCACCUAAUGCUGACCCUCUACGUUAUCCGCAGCAUGGAGCAGCUGCUGCCCUUCUUCAACCUGCUGAGCCAGGUGUUCAACAGUAAGGCCAGCAGCCGCUCAGGUCCCGCCUACACCCACAACCCUACAGACUCCUCCUUUCCCGGCCACAAAGAGGGCCACAAGCUGGAGAGCCAGAAAGUCUUCUGGAGUCGAGCUCGACAGAACAUCGAGGAGAUGGUGGAAAAAGACUUUCUAGAGGGCCUUAUCAAGACGUGAGAACACAGCAAGGGACGGGACAGAAUUAACACAUAACUGAUCAACACUAGUGAAAAACCUCAAUCUGUACAUCAAAGAACAUUAAUAGGGAAAAUUAACUGGGGAAAAUAGUUUGUACAUUUUUUUGUAUUUAUAAUGAUUAUUUUACUUUUCAAAAGCUACUGUAUUUAAUUUUACUUAUUUGUAUAUAUGGAGCAGCUUUGAUGACUUUUAACAUUUCAUGUGAGUCCUUGAGGACAAGGUGAAGAUGCUGUGCCAUUCCAUAUUGAUGUGACUUAAUAAAUAAAGAUUUCUAAUGGGAGGGUUA